GCAGUGUCAGUUUUCCGGAUAAUUGUGGGACGAUGUGACAAUUAAAGUCGGCUUAUUGUUUAUAUACAAUUAACUUGAGAGAUUGAAGAAAUUCCGUUAACAAUAAUGAGUGGUUACAAGAGGGCCAACUUCUAUGACCUCUGUCGUCUGUGCGCCUCGAACCAGGGUGACGAAAAAAUACAUAUCUUCAAAGAAACAGGACUUAAAUUGGAACUGCAGAAAAAAAUUCAAACUCUAUUUUCUUUGAAGGUGUCCGAAGAUGAUUACCUUCCGAAGGGGAUUUGCACUUUUUGCUUGCGAAACCUAGAGGAUUAUUACAAAUUCAGCAAUUGCUGUUACAGAUCUGAAACGAUGCUCUCCAGUUACCUGCACACUUACCAAAACACAGAGGAUUUCAAAGAAUCUGGAAUGGUUUAUAUCAAAGUUAAUGAGGGUAGCGAUGAGGAGUCUGUUAAGGAAGAUUGUAUGGAGAUUGAGAAGAGUGUUAAUUUGACAGAGAAAAAUCCUUAUGAUAUGAUUUAUGUUGAGCCUGCAGAUGACCCACCAAGUGUUAUGGAGAAGCUGAUGAAAUUGAAAUCGGAAAAGAAGAAAGCAGUGACUGUGUGGGUGAAUCAGGCACCAGUUAUUCUGAAAACAGAGAAGCCAGCAACCAAAACGAAGGAACCAAAGUUAGCCAGACCCUUCAAAUGCAUCAACUGCAACAAAUCGUUUAUGCGCAAAGAACACUUGCUGCGUCACAUGACCCUGCACAACGGCAUGAAGAAUUACACUUGCGACGUGUGCAGCAAGUCGUUUUCGCGCAACGAUAAUUUGCUGAAGCACAAAAAGAUCCACUCGAAGACGAAUCUGAUUUGCGAGGUUUGCUACAAGCCGUUCCUACGUCAGUACAAUUACACUAUGCACAGAGCCUGCCACAAGGAAGUAAAGGAUAGAUCGUAGAUUCUCGUUUUAUUUUCUUUCCGAGUACAAAACCAGUGAUAUUUAUUAUUUAAUUUAUUUUGUGAUUUGUUAUUGUUUCGAAAUGUAGUUUAGGAGACUGUACGGAAUUUGUUGAAAACUGUGUUACCAAAUGUUAUUUGUUCAUUUUUAGUUAUUUAUACUCAUAAAUUAUUGUGGAACUAUUUAUUUCAUAUACAAUGUA